GGAGCCCAGCGGCCGGCUUGGCUUUGCGGAAGAGCUGCCGCCGUUUCUUUUCCGCUUGCUGUGCUGCUGCAGGGAGCUGUGAAGGGGCUAUGGGUGAGCUGGGAAGCCACGACAUGGAUGCAGUAACCUAUAGUGAUGUGCAUAUUGACUUCAGUCUGGAAGAGUGGGCUCUGCUGGAUCCUUCCCAGAAGAAUCUCUACAAAGAUGUGAUGCUGGAGACCUAUACGAACCUCACUGCUAUAGGCUGCAGGUGGGAAGAUCAUAAUAUUGAAGAUUAUUGUCAAAGUUCUCGAAGAUAUGGAAGGCAUAAAAGAAGUCAUUCAGAACAACCUUCUGAAUAUACUCAGUGGGUUAAAGCCUUUCCAUAUCACAGUUAUCUUCAAAGAUAUGAAAGAAUUCACAGUGGUCAGAAGCUCUAUGAAGGUGUUCAAUAUGGUGAUGCCUUUGAAUGUCAUAAUAGUUUCCAAAUACAUAAAGGAAGCCAUAGUGCAGCAAAACGCCAUGAAUGUGAUCAGUGUGGUAAAGCCUUUUCACGAUACAGUCGUCUUCAAAUACAUAAAAGAACACAUACUGGAGAGAAACCCUAUGAAUGUACUCAAUGUGGAAAAGCCUUUUCACAACACAGUAAUCUUCAAAUACAUAAAAGAACACAUACUGGCGAGAAACCCUUUGAAUGUACUCAAUGUGGUAAAGCCUUUUCACAACACAGUACUCUUCAAAUGCAUAAAAGAACACAUACUGGAGAGAAACCCUAUGAAUGUACUCAUUGUGGAAAAGCCUUUGCACGUCUUAAUAUUCUUCAAAUGCAUAAAAGAACACAUACGGGAGAAAAACCUUUUGACUGUAAUCAAUGUGGCAAAGUAUUUGCAGUACAAAGAAGUCUCCACAUGCAUAAACGAACACAUACUGGAGAGAAACCCUAUGAAUGUACUCAAUGUGGAAAAGCUUUUGCAGAACACAGUUAUCUUCAAAGGCAUAAAAGAAUACAUACUGGAGAGAAACCCUAUGAAUGUAAUCAAUGUGGAAAAGUCUUUGUAUAUCAAACUAGUCUCCGAAUGCAUAAACGAACACAUACUGGAGAGAAACCCUAUGAAUGUAAUCAAUGUGGUAAAGCCUUUUCGCAACACAGAUAUCUUCAAAUGCAUAAAAUAACACAUACUGGAGAGAAAUCUUAUUUAUGCACUCAAUGUGGAAAAGCCUUUGUACAUCAAAAUUCUCUUCAGAGGCAUGAAAAAACACAUACUGGAGUGAAACCCUAUGAAUGUAAUCAAUGUGGUAAAGCCUUUGUUUGUCAAAAUAGUUUCAGACUACAUAAAAGAGCACAUACUGGAGAGAAACCUUGGGAAUGUUCUCAAUGUGGUAAAGCUUUUGUAUGCCAAAGUCGUCUUCAAAAACAUAGAAGAACACAUACUGGAGAGAAACCCUAUGUAUGUAUUCGAUGUGGAAAAGCCUUUGCACAACAUGGUCAUCUUCAAAGGCAUGAAAGAAUACAUACUGAAGAGAAACUCUAUGAAUGUAAUUAUUGUAGAAAAGUUUUUUCACAUCCCAGUGUGCUACAUAGGCAUAACAGAAUACAUACUGGAGGGAAACCCUAUCAUUGUUCUCAAUGUGGAAAAGCCUUUGCACAUCCUAGUGUUCUACAAAGACAUAAAAGAACACAUACUGGAGAGAAACCCUAUAAGUGUGUUCAGUGUGGAAAAGCCUUUACAGAACAUAGUUAUCUUCAAAGGCAUAAAAGAACACAUACUGGAGAGAAACCCUAUAAAUGUACUCAUUGUUCAAAAGGCUUUGCACGGCACUGUUAUCUUCAGAGGCAUGAAAGAACACAUAAUGGAGAGAAACCCUAUGAAUGUAAUCAAUGUGGUAUAGCCUUUGUAUCUCAAAGCAGUUUCCGAAUACAUAAAAGGGCACAUACUGGAGAGAAACUCUUUGAGUGCCCUCAAUUUGGAAAUGCCUUUGUACACUGAAUUCUCUUCAUAGGUAUGAAUGAUAACAUACUAUAGAGAAACCCUAUAAAUAUACUCAAUGUGGAAAGACUUUUGUAUGUAAAAUCAGUCUCUUGUGUACUAAAAGAACAUAUUCUGGAGAGAAAACAUACACAUGUAAUAUGAUAAAGCCGUUACAAAAUCAUAAAAGAUCAUACUGCAAAGAAACCCUCUAAAUGUAGUCAGUGUAACAAAGUUUUGCAAGUCAUGGUAGUAGUAUAAGAGUAAAACUUGUAUAAUUGGUCUGUUAAAGCCUUCGAACAUAUUAGACUUUGAGGAUUGGAAAAAAACUCAUACUGAUUGGAAUCUGUGUAAAGUAUCUGGUAAGAUUUAUAGCCAACACACUUAUGUUCAAUUAAACAAGAUUCUUUAUUCUGCAAAAAAAAAAAAAAUUGACAAGAGUCAACAGUCUCUUCAAGCAUUAUUAUGGAUCUCAGUUCAAGCCAGCCUGGUAUCCAGGACAGCCAAAGAUGUACAGCGAAACCCUGACUGGAUAAACCAAAUAUUAAAAGUAAAACUAAAACAGAAAAAAAAGCUACAUAAUCACAGAUAAUCUGGAUACUGUAUAAUAUUGUGUUGUCUUUCAAGUGUUUGGCUGCCGAGGAAGGAGGAACAACAGCUUCUAAAAGACAAUUAUAAAUGCUUUUGGAUUAAUCCAACCUAUAUAUUUUCAAAAUGUCUUGACAUUGCAAUUUAAGUCAAAAGAUAUGUUACUUCGGAGAAGAGGUUUUGUUUUUGUUUUCACAAAAAAUGAGAGGCUGUGAAUUUAUUUUAGGCUAAGAAAAAUAAGCUUUGAUCAAGGAAGACCUCCCGAAAAAACAUCUCAAGUGGAAAUGGAUGGCCGCAAUGAUCCAGUGUUGUAGAGCACCAGUUUUGCAGUUUCUCUGAGUUUUGCAUACAGAACAGCCUCCAAAUUGCUGGAUGAAAUGACCCAGCCUCACAGAAUAUUCCAGUUAAUACUUUGACCAUAAUCCAUAAUUUUAUUUUCUUUCUUCAAUGUAUAGAAUGGGAUGCCCAUCACCUAAGUGAAUCAUUUUUAUUUAAAUAACAAGCAGUGUAUGAUCAUGCUUUCCAAGUAAAUAUGUCUGUGAAAGGGUGGAGGAUUGUUGUUCCUGGUUUUAAUUUUCAUGUUUUUAAACAAAUUCCCUAAAAUGUUGUUUGUUAUUCGUUCUAGCAUGGAUGUCAGUAAAUAGGUAUGUAUUUAAAUUCAUGAUCCUCAUGUGUCAGUUUCCUGAGUACAACUAGGAGUUAGAUGAUGUAAUGUCACUGUUUGCUAUUUUGUCGAUACAACACAUUUUAACAAUAUUAAUAUUAUAAUGGUUAAUAGAAGAGAAUAUAAGAAACAUUAAAUUUCUCAUGUGUUUAUCCAAGGCAGCAUUUUCAUCUAUCUGGUAGAGAUGUAAUGAGCUGGGAUAAUCAGCAAUCUAUAGUGUAUCUCACAACAUUGCUUGAUGUUCUAUUCAUAUACUAUUUGAAGUUUCAUGCAUCUUGUUGUCCCCAUCAGUUUUCCAUUUGUAAUGAUAUUGUUUUAAAGUGUGCGUGUGUGUGUGUGUGUGUGUAACAUUAUUAUGGGUUUUUAGGCCAUGAAACAUAUGUGAAGAUUGGAAAUUAACUUUGUGAAAUCUACCUUGUUCCAUUCAUGUGGUGAUCAAGAUAAGCUUACACACCAGAGAAAUUGCCCACUGUGUUCUCUGGCUGAUGCUGAAAUAAGAUUAGUUGUCUUUUCAGAAUGUAAACAUAUUUCCAUCAAAAGAUAGAUGAAAAUAGGAAAAAUUGAAUAAUAAAUUGCAAAUGAAAUUGUUA